AAGCGCAAGCGGAUUUUCUCCAGGUGAAUUCCAGGAGGCACUCGAGAUCUUGGACCUAACCCAAGACUUUUUUUCUUCCCUCUGGCUCUCUCUCUCUUCACCAUGGCCGUCAGACUCUGAGAGAUGAGUAUCCACGCUUCCACCUUCAGCCGGUGGCCUUGCCUUUCUGGGGAUCAAGCUAACGCUCCCCGCAAGGGACCUAUCUGACUUCAUUUACUCCGUUAUUACUGCCCGCUGCGAUGCUAUUACCUGAACCCAGGGCCUGGUUCACGCUUUCCAAGGAUAGUUGUCAGACUUAAGCAUUUAAUGACACCCACGUCGGUCAAAGUCUGGAGACAGGAUGGAGUGUGGACCCGCACUGUCAACUUCAGAAUCCCUUGGAACCUGGUCAGAAAUGCCCAUUCUCUCGGUCCUCCGUCGUCAGCCUCUUGGGCAGGGAGGGGGUGUCCCUCGUGGGUGACUGUGAGAUGGCUGGAAGUGGACAUCCAGUGGGUCUGGAGGCGCAGCGCCGGAGUGCGGGAGAUCUCCAGCUCCGGGUUCGCGGUCACGUGGGCUCUUCAGCUAACCACCCACCCCCUCUUCACCGUCUUUAAAAGGAAGAUGCACUAAUGCCGUUAGUCGUGGAUAAUCUUUGCAGUCUCUCCAGCUGCUGGCCUUUUUGAAACGAACUCCCUGCCUCUUCUUAGGCUUCUAGAACCCCCUCUAGAAACUUCCCGGGAGCCUGGCCGGGAGGGAGCUGCUUGUGCUGCGACUGGCAUCCUUGGUAUCCUGUCUGAGUAGAGUCUGGCAGCCCCAGCCGGGCUGAGCGGCUGCCGAGUCCUGCGCGGGCCAAGGAAAGCACGCGUCUGCUUUUAGACAAUGUCAGGCAUUACACCUGCCUAUGAGUCUCUGAGAACAUAAUGUCCGUCUGCACAUCUUCUCACAAGGAUUUUUCUCAGCUGCUACCUGUUCAAGACAUGGAUAUCAAGAACUCACCAUCAAGCCUUAAUUCCCCUGUUUCCUACAACUGUGGCCAGUCCAUCCUGCCGCUGGAGCAUGGCCCCAUCUAUAUCCCUUCCUCCUACGUAGAGAACCGUCAUGAAUACUCUACUAUGGCAUUCUAUAGUCCUGCUGUGAUGAAUUAUAGUGUUCCGAGCAGUGCCAACAACCUGGAAGGCGGGCCUGUUCGACAGACCACAAGCCCAAAUGUGUUAUGGCCAACUUCUGGACACCUCUCUCCUUUAGCGGCCCACUGCCAGUCAUCACUACUGUGUGCAGAGCCCCAAAAGAGCCCUUGGUAUGAAGCGAGAUCACUAGAACACACCUUGCCUGGGAGCAGAGAGACGCUGAAAAGGAAGCUGAGUGGGGGCAGCUGUGCCAGCCCUGUCACUAGUCCGAGUUCAAAGAGGGAUGCUCACUUCUGCGCAGUUUGCAGCGAUUAUGCAUCUGGGUAUCACUAUGGCGUCUGGUCGUGCGAAGGAUGUAAGGCCUUUUUUAAAAGAAGCAUUCAAGGACAUAAUGAUUAUAUCUGUCCAGCCACGAAUCAGUGUACCAUAGACAAGAACCGGCGUAAGAGCUGCCAGGCCUGCCGACUUCGCAAGUGUUAUGAAGUUGGGAUGGUCAAGUGUGGGUCCAGGAGAGAAAGGUGCGGGUACCGUAUAGUACGAAGACAGAGGAGUCCCAGUGAGCAGGUGCAUUGCCUGAGCAAAGCCAAGAGAAACAGUGGGCAUGUCCCCCGGGUGAAGGAGCUGCUGCUGAGCACCCUGAGCCCAGAGCAGCUGGUGCUCACCCUCCUGGAGGCGGAGCCGCCCAAUGUGCUAGUGAGCCGUCCCAACAUGCCCUUCACCGAGGCCUCCAUGAUGAUGUCCCUCACUAAGCUGGCCGACAAGGAACUGGUGCACAUGAUUGGCUGGGCCAAGAAAAUCCCUGGCUUUGUGGAGCUCAGCCUGUUGGACCAAGUCCGGCUCUUGGAAAGCUGCUGGAUGGAGGUAUUAAUGGUGGGGCUGAUGUGGCGCUCAAUCGACCACCCCGGCAAGCUCAUCUUUGCUCCGGACCUCGUUCUGGACAGGUCAUCAGAAGACCCUCACUGGCACGUUGCGCAGAUGAAGAGUGCUGCCCCAAGGGAUGAGGGGAAGUGCGUAGAAGGCAUCCUGGAAAUCUUUGACAUGCUCCUGGCGACGACGUCAAGGUUCCGUGAGUUAAAACUCCAGCACAAAGAGUAUCUCUGUGUGAAGGCCAUGAUCCUCCUCAACUCCAGUAUGUACCCCCUGGCUACAGCAAGCCAAGAGGCGGAGAGCAGCCGGAAGCUGACACAUCUGCUGAACGCAGUGACAGAUGCCCUGGUCUGGGUGAUUGCUAAGAGUGGUAUUUCCCCCCAGCAGCAGUCCGUUCGCCUGGCCAACCUCCUGAUGCUUCUUUCUCAUGUCAGGCACAUCAGUAACAAGGGCAUGGAACACCUGCUCAGCAUGAAGUGCAAAAAUGUGGUCCCAGUGUAUGACCUGCUGCUGGAGAUGCUGAACGCGCACACGCUUCGAGGGUACAAGUCCUCCGUCUCGGGGUCUGACUGCAGCUCAUCAGAGGACAGUAAGAACAAAGAGGGCUCCCAGAACCCACAGUCUCAGUGAUGGCCAGGCCUGAGGCAGACGGUCUGCGGAGAUGGUCAAAGGUGGAACCAUGCACCAUUGAGGCUCCCCAGCUGGGGCUUCAUCUACGGCUGCCCUGGUCAUGUACCGUAUCCCCAUAUUCCACUUCCCAGGGGUCAGCGCAUGUGGGUACCAGAGGCUACCUUUGAAUGCAGAGGUCCAACUUUUGUAUAGCCUUAGAAGGGUCUCGAUGUGGCCCUUCUCUCACCCUCCAUCUCCUCUGCCCACUUGGAAAACAUCUUCAAAGCUUCUGGAAUGAAUGGUGAAAGUCUGACUCGGAAGGACUGGCAUUAGGGAUUAGAGAUUGUGACACUCUGCAGCAGGGGUUCCCAACCUUCCUAAUGCUGUGACCCUUUAUACAGCUCCUCAUGUUGUGGUGACUCCCCAACCAUAAAAUUAUUUCAUUGCUACUUCAUAACUGUAAUUUGCUACUGUUAUGAAUUGUAAUGUAAAUAUCUGAUAUGCAGAACAUCUGAUAUGCGACCCCCAGAAGGGUUAUGACCCACAGGUUGAGAACCAGUGUUCUAUAAGAAAUGAACUGUAGAAUUAACUGUGUGGCUGUAAAAAUCAACCUUUGAAUUGUGUCUUCUGGACCACUUGAUUGUAGGAUUGAAAACCACAUUGACAACUUGUCCCACAUUCCUACCUCACAGACUUGUGAGGACUGAUGAUGCUAUUGGUUAUUCCGUCGAUGACCAGAGAGCGGGAUAAUGGUCGAGCUCAGAUGUGAGUUGUCUUCCUCCUCCCAGGUCCUCUUGCUCUCUGUGCGGAUUUAUCCUUCUUGAUUUACGUCUGUAGAGCUUGCUUAUUUGGCCUGUUGAGUGUGCCACUGUCACGGAUAAAGAUUUAAACCUC